UAGCAGCUCCCGUCAAGGUUGAGUUGACAAGCAGCCGCCGGCAAGGAUCAGUGUUGGUUGCUUUCGUCAGGCAUUUUUUUUGGUUCCUUUGCAGUUAAAACAACCAAAAGAAGAAUAAGAAUUACAAGCCAUGGCUCCUACAAUAUAUGAGAGUUCAACAAGAAAAGGUAGUGGCCCUAGCAGACCUUCCCUAGAGGCUGAACUCAGGGAGCUGUUAGGGAAGAGGAUCAUGAUACUAGAUGGAGGGAUGGGCACCAUGAUCCAGGAGAGGCGAUUGGAGGAGGAGCACUUCAGGGGGGAGGAGUUUAAAGACCACACCCACAGCCUGAAGGGCAACAACGACCUGCUGAGCAUCACACAGAGUGAUGUCAUCUACAAUAUACACAAGGAAUACCUGCUGGCCGGGGCAGACAUCAUUGAGACCAACACUUUCAGUAGCACCUGUAUCGCCCAAGCCGACUACGGACUGGAACAUUUGGCUUAUCGUAUGAACAAGGUGUCAGCGGAAAUAGCCAGGAAAGCAGCAGAUGACAUCACCAACCAGACAGGUUGUAAGAGAUACGUGGCGGGCGCCGUGGGCCCCACCAAUAAAACCCUGUCUGUGUCUCCCUCCGUGGAAAGACCAGACUUCAGGAACGUCACCUUUGAUGAGCUGGCUGAGGCCUACACUGAGCAGGUUCGGGGUCUGUUGGAUGGAGGAGCAGAUAUUAUCAUGGUCGAGACCAUCUUUGACACGGCCAACGCCAAGGCAUCACUGUUUGCUAUCGACAAACUGUUUGAAGAGAGCUACGAACCAAGACCUAUAUUUAUAUCAGGCACCAUCGUGGACAGGAGUGGUCGUACUCUCUCAGGACAGACAGGAGAGGCCUUCGUCAUCAGUGUUUCCCAUGCCAAACCCCUCUGUAUUGGGCUUAACUGUGCCUUAGGAGCCACUGAGAUGAGGCCUUUUAUUCAAGCUAUUGGGAAAUGCACCACCGCUCACGUCUUAUGCUACCCCAAUGCAGGUCUCCCCAAUACGUUCGGUGGAUACGAUGAGACCCCAGAGUUGACAGCCUCACAUUUAAAGGACUUUGCUACAGAUGGUCUGGUGAAUCUGGUUGGUGGAUGCUGUGGAACGACUCCUGCACACAUCAGGGCCAUUGCUGAGAAAGUGAAGCACUGCCAGCCCAGAGUUCCCCCUACUGACGUCUUUCAGGACUACAUGCUACUCGCAGGUCUGGAGCCGUUCAGGAUCGGUCCGUACACUAAUUUUGUCAACAUCGGCGAACGUUGCAACGUGGCUGGAUCGAGGAAGUUUGCCAAGCUGAUCAUGUCGGGAAACUAUGAGGAGGCGUUGAGCAUAGCCAAGACCCAGGUGGAGAUGGGAGCCCAGGUGUUGGACAUCAACAUGGAUGAGGGGAUGCUGGAGGGUCCUGCCGCCAUGGCCCGGUUCUGCUGUCUCAUAGCCUCCGAGCCUGACAUCGCCAGGGUACCUCUGUGUAUAGACUCAUCUAACUUCGAGGUGAUCAAGGCGGGACUGAAGUGUUGUCAGGGGAAGUGUAUCGUGAACAGCAUCAGUCUGAAGGAAGGAGAAGAGGAGUUUCUCCAGAGAGCUACGACUGUCAGACGCUACGGGGCUGCCGUGGUUGUUAUGGCCUUCGACGAGGAGGGUCAGGCUACGGAGACAGAGCGCAAGGUCGAAAUCUGUAGCAGAGCCUAUCGCCUCCUGGUAACGCAAGUGGGCUUUGACCCCAACGACAUCAUCUUUGACCCCAACAUCCUGACCAUCGGCACGGGCAUGGAGGAACACAGCGAGUACGCCAUCAAUUUCAUCAGAGCCACAAGGCUCAUCAAGGAGUUGUUACCUGGGGCCAGGAUCAGUGGAGGCCUGUCCAAUCUGUCCUUCUCCUUCAGAGGCAUGGAGGUCAUCAGAGAGGCCAUGCAUGGAGCCUUCCUCUACCACGCCAUCAAGGAUGGCAUGGACAUGGGCAUAGUGAACGCUGGCAGCCUGCCUGUCUAUGAUGAUAUUGACAAGGAGCUCCUACUCAUGUGUGAGAACCUCAUCUGGAACAAAGACCCAGAGGCCACAGAGAAGCUACUGCUGUACGCACAGAGCUGUGCCAAAGGAGGGAAGAAGGUGGUCCAGACGGACGAGUGGCGAGAGGGAACUGUGGAGGAGAGGCUGGAGUAUGGGCUCAUCAAGGGUAUAGAUAAGUAUGUGGUAGAGGACACAGAGGAGGCGAGGUCCCAGGCUGAACUCUAUCCGAGGCCCCUACACGUCAUCGAGGGGCCCCUGAUGAACGGCAUGAAGGUGGUGGGAGACCUGUUUGGAGCUGGGAAGAUGUUCCUACCUCAGGUGAUAAAGUCAGCACGUGUGAUGAAGAAGGCUGUAGCCCACCUGAUCCCCUACAUGGAGAAGGAGAGGGAGGCCAUGCUACUGGCAUCAGGAUCAGUAGAGGAGAUUGACCCCUACCAGGGCACCAUAGUGUUGGCCACAGUGAAGGGAGACGUCCACGACAUCGGGAAGAACAUUGUAGGAGUGGUGCUGGGCUGCAACAACUUCAGAGUGAUCGAUCUGGGGGUCAUGAUUCCGUGCGACAGGAUACUGAGGGAAGCCAUCGACUGCAAAGCAGACAUCAUCGGUCUGUCUGGCCUCAUCACGCCCUCGCUGGAUGAGAUGAUCUACGUUGCCAAGGAGAUGGAGCGGCUUGGGAUGAAGACGCCACUGCUGAUCGGAGGGGCCACCACCUCCAAGACCCACACGGCGGUGAAGAUCGCUCCCCGUUACAGCUGUCCUGUGGUGCAUGUUCUGGAUGCCUCCAGGAGUGUGGUGGUGUGUUCUCAGCUGUUAGAUGAGAACGUGAAGGAGGAGUUCUUUGAGGAGACGACAGAGGAGUACGAAGACAUCAGACAGGACCACUACGACUCUCUAAAGGAGAGGCGCUUCCUGUCUCUAGCCCAGGCCAGGGCGAAAGGACUCCAUGUGGACUGGCUUUCUCAGACCAAACCAGUGUGUCCUCAGUUCCUGGGUACCCGUGUGUUUGAGGGGUAUGAUCUGCGGAGGCUGGUGGACUAUAUCGACUGGAAGCCUUUCUUCGACGUGUGGCAGCUUAGAGGGAAGUACCCUAACAGAGGGUACCCCAAGAUCUUCAAGGACAAAACCGUGGGUGAGGAGGCUCGGAGGGUGUUUGACGACGCUCAGCGACUCCUCAACAGACUGAUAGAUAAUAAAGGUCUCUGGGGGCGUGGCCUGGUGGGCUUCUGGCCCGCCCAGAGUGUAGGAGACGACAUCCAGGUGUACGAGCAUGACGUCACACCUCGUUCCGCCACGCCCCUCGCCACCUUCUAUGGACUACGCCAACAGGCAGAGAAGGACAGUGCCAGCUCAGACCCCUACUACUGCCUGUCUGACUUCGUGGCCCCAAGGGCCAGCGGUGUGUCUGACUACAUGGGGAUGUUUGCUGUAGCUGUGUUUGGAGUGGAGGAGCUGAGCAAACAGUUUGAGACCCAGGGAGAAGACUACAACAGUAUCAUGGUCAAGGCUUUGGCUGACCGUCUGGCUGAGGCGUUUGCUGAGGAGCUCCACGCCAGGGUGCGUAGGGAACUGUGGGGCUAUAGCGUGGAGGAGAACCUCCUGACUGAGGACAUGCACAGGAUACGUUACGAGGGCAUCAGGCCAGCAGCAGGAUACCCCUCCCAGCCUGACCACACUGAGAAGACUGCCAUGUGGACGCUGGGCGAGGUGGAGGAGAAAACGGGUAUCAAGUUGACGGAGUCUCUGGCCAUGACCCCAGCAGCUGCCGUCUCUGGGCUGUACUUCUCUAACCCUAAAGCUACCUACUUCGCAGUGGGAAAGAUCACCAGAGAACAGGUGGAGGACUAUGCUGGGAGGAAAGAGAUGCCAGUGUCAGAGGUGGAACGCUGGCUGGGGCCAAUCCUGGGCUACGACACCGACUGACAGUGAUACUUCAACCAAUCCUGGGCUACGACACUUCUGCAUCCACAACCACUACCUAGAAAACAGAGGCGGCUGCUCAAUGGUCAUGUCUAGAUGGGAUACAGCUUUUGUCAAAUUGAUGUCAAAAGUUGACAAAUUCUAACCCUUUUCCCAACCUUAAUCCAAUUCUCCUAACCUGCUACGUUAAUUCACCCUAACCUGCUGCGUUAAUUCACCCUAACCUGCUGCGUUAAUUCACCCUAACCUGCUGCGUUAAUUCUCCCUAACCUGCUGCGUUAAUUCUCCCUAACCUGCUGCGUUAAUUCUCCCUAACCCGCUGCGUUAAUUCUCCCUAACCUGCUGCGUUAAUUCUCCCUAACCUGCUGCGUUAAUUCUCCCUAACCUGCUGCGUUAAUUCUCCCUAACCUGCUGCGUUAAUUCUCCCUAACCUGCUGCGUUAAUUCUCCCUAACCUGCUACGUUAAUUCUCCCUAACCUGCUACGUUAAUUCUCCUAAACUGCUACGUUAAUUCUCCCUAAACUGCUACGUUAAUUCUCCCUAACCUGCUACGUUAAUUCUCCCUAACCUGCUACGUUAAUUCUCCCUAACCUGCUACGUUAAUUCUCCCUAACCUGCUACGUUAAUUCUCCUAACCUUAACCUAAUUCUCCUAACUUGCUACGAAAAGUAAAUUCUGAAAAAAGCUGCAUCCCUUCUAGACCCUACUUAAAGGGCCAGAUUUUUUUUUUAAACAUACACUUCACAUGAACCAAGGCUCAACUUGAAAAAAAAAAACGUUUAUUUUCUAUUUUUUUAUAGCUAUUUUCAAAAUGGCCACCUGUCAGUAAAGAAAUUGAGCUGUUUGUAUGGUCUAACAUUUUACAGUUUUAAUAUAACAGCUGUUGCCAAAGUCAUUUAUACUUUUUAAUGGAAAUCACAAUCUUAGAUUUAAAAUCAUUAACAGAUUCAUAUGGUUAAUGUCAGAAUGUGAUUUUAUCAUUAGGGACAUAUUAAGUUCUAGAAGACUUACAUUUCCUCAGCAGUUUUUUUAUUUGAGAUUGUAUUUAGGCUAAUUAGAUACAACUUGUUUACAAAAUUAUAAUUAGUAAACAUGGUCUUCAUCACAAAAUGUACACUUACUUACUUGACAUGCUGUAUUAAUGUCUAAACCUCUAAAAAAGGUACAUGUUUUUAUGACUGGGUAUUGUAAAUUACGGAUUUCAAUGAUUUUUUUAUUUGUUUCACAAUUUGUCUUAAAGAAAUGUGCCAAAAACUAUGACUGACCAGUUAUCAUUGUCAUCGAUUUACCCUGGAGGUGUCCACUAUUUCUGAAAAGAAGUAGUGAUUUUUAUGUUAUGAAUGUUCUGAGAUUACAAUGUUUUAUCUGGAAACCAUAUUCAUUUAGUAUAAAAUAAUUUGCUCAGUA